CUCACCACAGGAGGCUUAUGAGACUAGCCUAGAUACCCUCUUGUAAGCAGAUGUAAUCAUUGACUCCAGUGAGCUAGAUCUGCAACCUAAGCAUGCUUCUCAUUAGGUUGGAAGCACUGUAGAAGAAUGAUGUGGUCAGCUCUACCCUCCCAGAGUCUGAAGAACCUACAGACUUCAAAGCCAUGGUAUUGAGUCAGUGAACAGUUUAUGGGGCUUGAAGCUCAGAAGAAAGGUCUGGCUGGAAGUAGAUGCGGUUAUGAUUGACACCUAGGCUUCAAAUAAAGCCGUGGGCUACUCAUGAUUGCCUUGAGUAGCCCAUGGGAGGGUCCAGGCCAGAGGAGGAAUGACCAGAAGAAACCAGAAACUCUAGACAGGGCUAGUACCUCAAGAAAGCAAUAGAGGCCCUCUGUCAAACUUUGCUGAGAUGCCCGGUAAGAAAAGGUCUGAAGAUCCUUCACUGUCUGUUGAAUUCAACGAACUACUGACCUUCAAGAUCGUUUGAUGGAGUAGUGGGAACUGCAGCCACACUGAAGGACAGGGACAGCCAGCCACUGCCCCCUUUCAAAGGUGAACACAGUAAAGUUUACGACAGGAAUACUAUCAGAUCCCAGAGGAGGAUAAAAGCAGGAGGGCGAGUGGUAAUUCAACCAUCUGUGGAAAGAAGCCAUUUACUCAAAGGCUCAGACACCUGUGACAUUGUGGCAUGGAGCUGCCACCAGCUGUUUCCCUCAUGGGGUUGCUGCUGUUGCUGCUGCUGGGACAAGGGCCCUCCCAAAUUGGUAGCUCUUCCAUAGAGAACACACUGGCAUGGCAGCCACAGGAAGUGUUGCGGACCCUGAAGAAUUUCGCAUUCCCGUGCAAGCCAAGGAAGUUAGGACUGAGUACGCCUUCAAAGUCAGUUCACUCUCUGACACCAUCAGACAUUAAACUCGUGGCAGCCAUUGGUAACCUGGGAACUCCUCCAGCCCCCGGCAUGGUCACCAUGGAGAAAACACAAAGCAUCAAGAACGAGCCACAGCAUGUAUGCAUGGAAGCCAUGACAGUCCUUUCAGAUAUCAUCAGACACUUCAACCCUUCUGUUCUGAUGCCCACGUGCUCUCCUGGGAAGAGCGACGCAGCCCACACGACGGUUGAAGACUUGUGGACGCAGGCUAAAGAGCUGGUGAGACAUUUGAAAGAGAAGCCGCAACUUGACUUUGAAAAUGACUGGAAACUCAUCACCGUGUUCUUCAGUAACACAAGCCAGUGUCACCUGUGUCCCUCCGCUCAGCAGAAAAGGCAUUUGAUGAGGAGCAUGGAAAAGCUGUGUGAGAUACUGGAUUACCUGCACCAGGAGGUCCCCAGAGCAUUUGUGAAUUUGGUGGAUCUCUCUGAGGUUUUGGCCAUGUCUCAUCAGCAUCAAGAGACUGGGUUCAGCCCUGAACCAGAGCUUUGCGACUGCUCAGAGGAGACAACGAAGUUGUCCAAGGCUAUCAUGCAGUGGUCCUACCAGGAAACCUGGGAAGGUCUCCUGGCCUCCAGCAAGUUCAACGACCAUGAGUCCUUCACGGUGGUUUUCCAGCCUUUCUUCUAUGAGGUAGAGCCAUCUACGGAGAUGCCCGAAGCCCAGGAUCCCAGCACACUCGCUCUCCGGAUCUGGAACAACAUGAUGAAGCCGGUGGGCCACAAAGAUGAGCUAAUUGAUGCAGUUGAGAGGAAGACGAUGAAAUGUCCGUCUCAGGAGAGCCCCUAUCUGUUCACCUACAGAAAUAGCAACUACCAGGCCAAACAGCUGAAACCCACUGCAAAGCUUCAGGUGAGGGAAGGCACAGAAUUCAGCUGUUCUGACAAGGACCCCUCGGACACAGUCCCUACAACAGUUCACAGGCUGAGGCCGGCUGACAUCAAGGUGAUUGGAGCAAUGGGUGACUCUCUCACGGCUGGCAAUGGGGCCGGGUCCAGGCCUGGGAACGUCUUGGACGUCCUGACUCAAUACCGAGGCCUGUCCUGGAGCGUCGGAGGAGAUGAGAACAUCAGGACCGUGACCACCCUGGCCAACAUCCUCCGAGAAUUCAACCCCUCCUUGAAGGGCUUCUCUGUUGGCACCGGGAGAGAAACUUCUCCCCAAGCAUCCUUCAACCAGGCCGUAGCAGGAGCCAAAGCUGAAGACUUAGUUACCCAGGCCCAAAGGCUGGUGAGCCUGAUGCAGGCAGACACGACAAUAAACUUUCAGGAGGACUGGAAGAUAAUCACUGUGUUUAUAGGAGGCAAUGACCUCUGUGCUUCUUGCAAUGACCUGGUUCACUAUUCUCCCCAAAACUUCACAGACAACAUCAAGAAGGCCCUGGACAUCCUCCAUGCACAGGUUCCCCGGGCUUUUGUGAACAUGGUGGAAGUGAUUGAGAUCAUCGGCCUGAGGGAACUGUACAAAGAAACUGAAGUCAGCUGUCCACGGUUGAUCCUCAGGAACCUGUGUCCUUGUGUCCUGAAGUUUGAGGAUAACUCAGCAGAAUUUGCUGCCCUGGUGGAAAGGAACAGGCAGUAUCAGAUAAAAACUGAACAGCUGAUCAAGAGCGGGAGAUAUGACACUAGAGAUGAUUUCACUGUGGUUCUCCAGCCAUUCUUUGAAAAUGUGGCCGUGCCACGGACCCCGGAGGGCUUGCCCGACAACUCCUUCUUUGCCCCUGACUGUUUCCACUUCAGCGGCAAGACUCAUGCCCGCUCAGCCAUUGCCCUCUGGAGGAACAUGCUGGAACCUGUUGGCCACAAGACAAGACAAUAUGAUUUUGAAAACAAGAUCCCUAUCCUGUGUCCGAACCAGACCUUGUCAUUUCUGAGCACCUACAAGAACAGCAACCAGGGUUAUGGAACCUGGACGUUAUGCAAGGAUAGAGCCCCUUCUGCCUCACCGCCAACCUCGGUGCAUGCCCUGAGGCCUGCAGACAUCCAAGUUGUGGCAGCUCUGGGAGACUCUCUGACCGCUGGCAAUGGAAUCAGCUCCCAGGAAGGUGACCUCUCCGAUGUCAGCACGCAGUAUCGAGGACUGUCAUACAGUGCUGGUGGAGACGAGUCCCUGGACAAUGUGACCACCUUGCCCAAUAUCCUACGGGAAUUCAAUGGAAACCUCACAGGCUAUGCAUUAGGCAUCGGUGACGUCAAUUCUACAAGUGCAUUCCUUAACCAGGCUGUUCCUAGGGCGAAAGCUGAGGACCUUGCAAGCCAAGCCCAGACUCUGGUUCAGAAGAUGAAGAAUGACCACAGAGUGAACUUCCUCCAAGACUGGAAGGUCAUCACAGUCAUGAUCGGGGCCAGUGAUUUGUGUGACUUCUGCACAGAUUCGAAUCGGUACUCUGCAGCCAACUUUUUUAACCAUCUCCGCAAUGCCUUGGACAUCCUGCAUAGGGAGGUACCCAGAGCCCUGGUCAACCUCGUGGACUUCAUGAACCCCAGUAUCAUACGGCAAGUGUUCCUGAAGAACCCGGACAAGUGCCCAGUGCAUCAGGCCAGUGUUCUGUGCAACUGUGUCCUGACCCCCGGAGAGAAUUCCCCCGAGCUGGCCAGGUUGGAGGCCUUCACCAGGGCCUACCAGAGUGGCAUCCUCCAGCUGGUUGAAUCAGGCCGCUACGAUACCCGGGAGGACUUUACUGUGGUACUGCAGUCCGUUUUCCUCAACGUCAGGCUCCCCAUCCUAGAGGAUGGGCAUCCAGAUACCUCCUUCUUUGCCCCAGACUGCAUCCUCCCUAACCAGAAGUUCCACUCGCAGCUCUCGCGGGCCCUUUGGGCCAAUAUGCUUGAACCUCUGGGAAAGAAAACAGAUACUUUGGACCUGGGAGCAUUCAUAGCCAUGGCUUGUCCGACACAGGAUGAGCCCUUCCUGAGAACCUUCCAGAACAGUAACUACACGUACCCUAUCAAGCCAACCAUUGAGAACUGGGGCAGUGACUUCCUGUGCACCGACAGGAACCCUUCUGGCAGCGUGCCCAGCUCAGUCCAUGAGCUCCGACCAGCAGACAUCAAGGUGGUGGCCGCACUGGGUGACUCUCUAACCACAGCCUCAGGAGCUCGACCAAGUGAAUCCAGCAAUCUAACCGCACCCUGGAGGGGACUGUCCUGGAGCAUUGGAGGAGAUGGAACGUUGGAGACCCAUACCACACUGCCCAACAUACUGAAGAAGUUCAACCCCUCCAUCCUUGGAUUCUCUACCGGUACCUUGGAAGAGACGGCAGGAUUGAAUGUGGCCCAAGAAGGGGCCAGAGCUCAGGACAUGCCGGCCCAGGCCCAGGCUCUGGUAGAGAGAAUGAGAAACACACCCGGGAUCAACCUGGAGGAAGACUGGAAGCUGGUUACUCUCUUCAUCGGGGUCAAUGACCUUUGUCGUUACUGUGAGAACCCGGAGAACCACUCGGCCAAUGAGUAUGUCAAGCAUGUCCAGCGGGCCUUGGACAUCCUCUAUGAGGAGCUUCCCAGGGCUUUCAUCAAUGUGGUGGAGGUCAUGGAGCUGGCUGGCCUGCACCAGGGCCAAAAUGGGCAGUGUGCCAUGCUGCCGUCAGUUCAGAACUGCAGUUGCUUUAAACACACUCAAAGUCCCGUGGCGAUGCAGGAACUGAAGAAAGUGAACUGGAACCUCCAGAGUGGCAUCUCCGGGCUCUCCUACAGGCACCAGUACAUGCAGCGGGAGGACUUUGCGGUCGUCGUCCAGCCUUUCUUCCGGCAGACUCUCAUUCCACUGGAUGAGCUAGGGGACACAGACCUCACCUUCUUCUCCGAAGACUGUCUCCACUUCUCAGAACGCGGGCAUGCUGAGAUGGCCAUUGCCCUCUGGAACAACAUGCUGGAACCAGUGGGCCGUAAGACAACCUCCAAUAACUUCACAUACAGCCGAACGAAACUCAAGUGUCCUUCACCUGAAAGCCCUUUCCUCUACACCCUUCGGAAUACUCAGCUCCUCCCAGACGUAUCAUCCUCCAAGGUGCUGUACUGGGCAGUGCCGGUGGCGGCAAUAGGUGGCCUGGUAGUUGGCAUCCUUGGAAUGAUGCUGUGGAGAGCCCUGAGACGUUCCUAAAAAGAUGUUCUUCCAGCAAGUCCAAAUGCUGCCAGUUUCUAGGACACUGAAUGGAUCUUCACCCAAAUUCCCAACUACACUCCUGAUCUGGCCUUCAGCUGCAGAAGCCCUGGACACUGUGGCCAACCUUGCUUCUAUACUUGGUGCCCUCAGAAGCCAAAGGAACUGUCACUUCUUGGGAACUUGGCUGCUCCAAGGUUUACAGAGGACCAGAGCCUUUAAUGAAAGACCGCUUUAUUCUUGGCUUAGCCUGGUCCUAUCCCUCAUCCUCCAUCUGAUGCAUAUACAGGUGUAGGAGCCAGAGUGUCUUUAGUCCUAUACCAGGUAGGGUUGCGGGGAGGGGGGGAUGAUAAGACCAGAGUCCAGACUGGCCCUGUCCAGCUCCGUCACAGCCCUAUGACAAGCAUAUAUUGUUGCUCACCAAACCCACAGUUUCUAAAGAAACGAAAGCACUGGUUACCUGAUGGUAGCUGGAGUCUGGGGCUGACUGGUCAGUGUUCUAUUACACUCAGCACCUGCCGUGCCUCGUGUCCAAGACAAUGGGAGCCUUGUGAUGGCCUCUGAGCUAUGCCUGUCACAGCCUGACUAGGAAGACAAACUCCUUCCAGCAAAGAAGAGUCUCUUUGACAAUGUAGUUGAUCACUGGUAGAUGUGUCUGGUUGCUCAGGGAGUUUUCAUGGAAGAGAGUAUGCCAUUUUGGAAGAAAGCCAGAUUGGGAUAUGAAUUAUAUCAUAUCCCUUCAACCUGAUUUUCAAAUGGUGCUAAUUCUAGGUAAUUUCUAAUUCUACAUUAGCUGAUCUGAGAGGAAUCUGGAUUAAAUCUGAAAAUACAGA